GCCAUCAGCCAUCCUUAGCAUAGGGGCGCACUCAUACACGCAUUCCUGUCAAGUCAUCUUGUGAAAGGCUGCUUGCUUCCAGCUUGGCUUGAAAGUGCAACCUUAAUAAAACUCACUGAAGCCUGAGAGAAAAUAGCAGUUCUGCAGCAGAUAGUGUAGGGGAAAGAGACUGGGAUAUGCAUAUGCAGCUGACUAAAGCAGGCUACAUGCUGGACUGUAACAGAGAGGAAACAAUAAAUCUUAGCUACUAUGCAAUAAAUAUUCCCAAUUUUAACUAAAGAAGCUAUCCUCACAGUGAAAUUUUAAAAAAAAAAAAACAACAAAACAGUUUAUCCAAGCUUGAUUGUUAAAGUGUGCUGCUCCGCUCCUUUUUCCAAAGACUUUGAGGGAAAUUAAGAACAAAUUUAAAGAAAGAGGAAGAAAAAGUUUUUCUUAAAGCAGGAAAGGAAAGUAAUAAUAACAUGUCAGUUUUCUUUUCCUUUGCUUUCCUGGCAGUGAUUCUUGCUCUUGUAGGCUGUACUAACCAGCGUCGAGGUCCAGAAGGCAGUGGGAGAAGAUUUAACCGGGUUCAGCACGGGCAGUGCACCUACACUUUCAUUCUGCCAGAACAGGACGGCAACUGUCGUGAAAGCACAACAGACCAGUACAACACAAAUGCUCUUCAGAGAGAUGCUCCUCACGUGGAACAGGAUUUCUCUUCCCAGAAACUGCAACAUCUGGAACAUGUGAUGGAAAAUUACACUCAGUGGCUGCAAAAACUUGAGAACUACAUUGUGGAAAACAUGAAAUCAGAGAUGGUGCAGCUGCAGCAGAAUGCUGUGCAGAACCACACUGCUACCAUGCUCGAGAUAGGGACCAGCCUCCUCAGCCAGACAGCAGAGCAGACAAGAAAACUCACGGAUGUUGAAACCCAGGUGCUAAAUCAAACAUCCAGACUUGAAAUACAGCUACUGGAAAAUUCCCUGUCAACAUACAAGCUAGAAAAACAGCUGCUGCAACAGACACACGAAAUCCUUAAAAUUCAUGAGAAAAAUAGUUUACUUGAGCACAGAAUUCUAGAAAUGGAAGAAAGGCACAAAGAGGAGCUGGCCACUUUGAAGGAGGAAAAAGAGAACCUACAAAGCUUAGUCACCCGACAAAGCUACAUAAUCCAGGAACUAGAGAAGCAGUUAAACAAGGCAACAAGCAAUAACAGUGUCCUGCAGAAACAGCAGCUUGAAUUGAUGGACACAGUUCACACCCUGAUCACCCUCUGCUCCAAGGAAGGAGUUUUACUAAAGAAUGCAAAAAAGGAAGAAGAAAAGCCAUUCAGAGAUUGUGCAGAUGUAUACCAGUCUGGUGUUAACAAAAGCGGGGUCUACACUAUUUAUAUUAACAAUGUGUCAGAUCCUAAAAAGGUCUUUUGUAAUAUGGAGAUUGCUGGAGGAGGAUGGACAGUUAUACAACACCGAGAAGAUGGAAGUCUGGAUUUUCAGAAAAGCUGGAAAGAAUACAAAAUGGGUUUUGGUAGCCCAUCAGGUGAACAUUGGCUGGGAAAUGAAUUUAUCUUUGCAAUAACAAGUCAGAGGCAAUAUUCCCUAAGAAUUGAAUUAAUGGACUGGGAAGGAAACCGGGCAUAUUCACAAUAUGACAGAUUUCACAUAGGAAAUGAAAAACAGAAUUACAGGCUUUAUUUAAAAGGUCACAGUGGAACUGCUGGAAAACAGAGUAGUCUGAUCUUGCAUGGGGCUGAAUUCAGUACAAAAGAUGCUGACAAUGACAACUGCAUGUGUAAAUGUGCUCUCAUGUUGACUGGAGGGUGGUGGUUUGAUGCCUGUGGCCCCUCCAAUCUCAAUGGGAUGUUCUACACAGCUGGACAGAACCACGGGAAGCUCAAUGGCAUCAAGUGGCAUUACUUCAAAGGCCCCAGCUACUCCUUGCGCUCCACCACCAUGAUGGUCCGGCCUUUGGACUUCUGAAGGAAUUCCUCAUGGAGUCCCAGGAGGAGCCAGCCUGGCACCGCCCUCUGCAGCAGCACUGGCACAGUCUGGAGGGAAAAGGCAAAGGGCUUCUGAAAGCAGCCAGUGGGGAUGAUUCAAAGUGGCUUCGCUGUCUCUCCAUAACCUGCAAACACUUCCCAACAGUCACCCCACAUUUUGGUUACUGCGGGGAGCUUGGUUUAGAAGAAAGUGGCUGAAAUGAUUUUCCAAAGAACUGGAUUUAGCUAUUCUGCACAAACUUGGUGCUUGCCAGUGGAUGUCUUUUUUCUUUUUUUCUUUUUUUUUUUUUUCCUUUAAAUUCAGCAUCAGAAUUGGAAGAACUGGAACAUAUCAACCAUGUUCUAUUGAGUAGAAUGUUAUUCAGCAGUGAAAUACCAACAUUAUACCCAUGAAAAAGGAUUACAGAGACAUUUGUAUUAAAACUUUCUUUCAAGCAUCCAAGGUGACCACUCCAAAUAUUGUUUUUCUUAAUGAACUGAAUUUGAAUAGUGGAUGGAUUUAUGUGAACCCCAGAGUCAAAUAAUUUGUGCAAAUAAAAUUUUUCAUUAAAUACUUUAAGGACAGGUUUCUAAUAAACUGCGUCAAACAUAUGAAUAAUGAUAAGGAUAAUAAGCAUAAAUUCCUCGGUUGCUCUGUAGAGGUAAAUCAGGUAAUUGGCAUAAUUCCUGAGCUAGGAUUUAUAGUGUGAUAACAAAAGUAGCUGUGUUUUAGGUUUUUCCUUUCUUUCAUUAAAAGCAGUCUGAAUGUCAUGUAGAAUAAUUAAUGGAAGGUUUAAAGAAUGCGAAAUAUUAUCCAAGAAAAAAUACAGGAUUUUGCAUGGAAUUUUUCCAUCAAAAAAACAUAGGAAGGCAAACUCUUAGAGUAUAAAAAGUUACAUAAAUGCAUAGCUUAAGGCAAUGGAUUAAUUUUACAGUAUCCUUGCAUGUGCGCAAUUUAUCCUGAAUUAUUUUACUUUUUUAUUACAUUUUUGUGAAUAUCAGAAGCAUGCCAGUUCUACACAGUGCUUAGGCUGCAACUAUAAAAAAUACUCAUCUGAACUGUAUAAAAAAAUAAAGAAUUGUGAACUUGUAAAUAUCAUA